AUGAAUAUCGCUUUGGCUGAUAAUGUGACAGUAAAAGAGUGUCAUUCACUCCCGGUCUGGAUUCAGCUACCUGUGAUUCUCAUUCAACUAUUUGGUAUCCCAGCAAAUUUACUCGUAUUUCAUGCAAUCAGUCAUAUACGUCUCGGAUCGCGGUUGACCACACAACUUCUUCGAUCUCAAUGUCUGUUUGACGGACUGACCUGUUUGUGCGCGCUGUUGAAGGUAUCUCAACCGGGACGAUGGUACACCGGAUCACACGUGAUCAAUCACCUGCUUUGUCACAUCUGGUUCACUUAUACCUUGUUUUGGCUUUUUGUCCUGCUCAGUCUAAGUAAUCUGGUAUGCACGGCUUUUGAUCGGUUCAAUGCUGUGGCCUUCAAUGUGUCCUAUCAGAAAAAACAGAAAGUACAUUGUGGCAUGUUUUAUGUGGGAAUGAUACUGUACUCGACAAUCUUGGUCUCACUCAGUCCUUUGUUACUGCAGUAUGAUGAAUCUAAGUGGAUGUGCGUUCCCUAUCAUCAUGGAUUGAUCCCGGUGCUGGACUUGAUCGUACGUAUUGAUUCCAUGUGUUGGCCAUGGCUCACCUAUUUUAUUCCCUGUUGUGUAAUGAUUGUGUUGUACGGCAAACUGAUCGCGUUGCUUCGUAAACCCUAUCUGUUGGCCCAAACCCCGAAACCAGAGAUAAAUCCACUUUUGAGCAAACUUGAGGCCAAGGGUAAACGUCAGAGGCAAGUUGCGCAAUCAUUGACUAUAGCUACAUUGAUUAUGCAAACACUAUUUCUUGUGACGCAUAGCUUUGAUCGCAUCUAUUACUUUCUUGGUGUGAACGGGUGGACAGAGUAUCAGGUCGGAUCGAUUCCACACUUACUCGGUCUGUGGGCGAUCACACUGAAUAGUUGUAUCAAUCCAACUGCUCUGAUAAUGACUAUGCGUCCGUUGCAAAUAUGGUUACUACGUUUGGCGAAUCGGUUGAGAAGAUCACUGAAUAGAAGGAAACGCAGAGCUGUGCACGCAAUCAAUCUUCCAAUGCAAAUAUGUUCCCAUCGAACCGUUCCAUUCAGACCCAACCACGGAGAACGUAUUCAGCCAGUUUUGCCCAUGGAACUUUCGCAAGACACUAACGACUACAUGACCUGCCGAACUAAAGCAUUUUCUGUGGGUUAG